AUGUUCGCGGACUCCCGCCAGACCCAGCCAGACCACCAAGAUGGCGGCCACCACAGCCCGAAAUCCACGGCAGUGGGUCAUCGCAUGACUACCCUGGAGCAGAGACAAGAGAUGGCCGCAAUAGCUUAUAACGAGGUAAUUAAACAUGUGAACAGCCUCAUCACAAGAUUAGCUACAGCAGAGGUCACCCUAGAGGAUCUAGCCAACAGCUCCCGCCGAAAUAACAUCAGGCUAAGGGGCCUCCUGGAACGGGAGGGGGAAGGCAACCUGGCAGACACGUCAUCGCCAUACUAA